AUGGAAACUUAUUCCGUCCUCUUUCCGCCGGUUAAGCGCCAUACAAACCCAACUCCGACGACCACCCCCGACCCCACUACCAACAACGUCGCCGCCGACGUCUCCUCUGCCGAUUCCGGCGCCGCCGCCUUCACCAACCGCGUCAAGCCGCCGCAGCCGCCUCUGUUCGUCCCGCCGGGAAACGUCGUCUUCCGCCUGAUCUGCCACGCGUCGCGCGUGGGAGGGCUCAUCGGGAAGUCCGGCUGCAUCGUCAAGCAACUCCAGCAGCAGACUAAUUCCAGAAUCCGGGUCGAGGACCCGCCCGACGGGUCAGACCACCGGGUCAUCAGCGUCGUGGCCUCGCCGGCGGUUGCUAACAAGCUGUUGGUGUACAAGAAUCAGGGUGGGGCGGUUAUUGGGAAAGGAGGGAUGGUGGUGGAGAAGAUCAAGAAAGAAACCGGGUGCAGAAUUAUGGUUAUUAAUUCGGAGUGUUCUUUGCCUGGUUCGUUUGCCAACGACGAAAUUGUGGAGAUUGAAGGCAAUAUCCUGUCGGUCAAGAAAGCACUUGUUCUUGUCACUGGCCGCCUUCAAGAGUUCCCACCACUUGGGAAAAAUAGAACAUUUUGGACUAAACCUCUCGAGACUGAGUCCUUGCCUGUUACAAGUGGAGAGAGACCAAUUAUACAACCAAUGCCUUCAACCUCAACAUAUCACGACACAUUACACGGCCCCGCCACAUGGGACUCUGAUAAGGCCUCGAAAAUCGACACUAAAGCACCAGAACAAGAGGUUGUUUUUAAGAUGCUGUGCCCUAGUGAUAGAGUUGGUGGAAUUAUUGGCAAGGGCGGGUCUAUUAUUGAGGCUAUCAAAGAUAAAACUGGUGCUUCUAUAUUUAUUGGGCCUCAUAUGCCAGAUUGUGAUGAACGAUUGAUAACCAUUGCAGCGAAGGAGAGUAUGGAAUCACAAUGCUCGCCUGCUCAAAAUGCAGCUCUUAUUGUGUUUAAAAGGUCUAUAGAGGCUGGUCUAGAGAAGGGAUUGGAUUCGGAUUUUAAAGGGUCAUUCGUAUUGGCUCGACUUUUAGUACCAUCAUUCUAUGUCGGUAGUUUGUUGGGAAAAGGAGGCGCAAGAAUAGCAGAAAUGAGAAAGGCAACUGGUACUGGCCUGAGGUUCCUUUUGGGCAACCAAGUCCCCAAAUGUGCUCCGGAAAAUGUUGAAAUCUUACAGAUUACAGGAGAGCUUGCAAAUGUACAGAAUGCUCUAUUUGCAGUGACCAGUAGGUUGCGGGAUAAUCUGUUCUCCGUGUCGAUCCCAAGUGGACGUGGGAGUUAUAACACUUUGAGGACCGAAGAUAGUGUCUUUAGCAGAGUAAAAGAUCCCCGUACUUUUGGAUCACAUUUAUUUCUCGAUAAUAUUUCAGACAAUCCAAACCAGGACAAGUCAUUGACCAAUAGUAUGGAAAGUCUUCAAAUUUCAAAUAAUAUAGACCGACCAACAUCGACAGGCUCGAUAAUGCCACAGACAGUUGAUGGAGUAAACCAGGGAAAUAUUAUGGACAAUGAUGAAAGUUUACCUUCGGAUAAAGGUGGUAUGGAAAUUAACAGUGAAAGCAGAUCUGCCGUUGUGACAAAUACAACUAUAGAGAUUGUUGUCCCUGAUGCUGUGAUUGGAUCCAUUUACGGCGAGAAUGGUAGCAAUUUGGAUCGUUUAAGACAGAUAUCUGGAGCUAAGGUAGUAGUACAUGAACCUCGUCCUGGAACAAAUCUUAGUACUGUUGUCAUAUCCGGAACACCAGACGAGACACAAGUUGCUCAGAGCCUGAUGCAAGCAUUUCUACUAUCUGGUUCAUAG